UCCAGUCCUUCAGCUCAGGAUGAAACUCUCACUGCGGAUUAUCUUCAUCACUGCUUCUGCAGAACUCUGAACAUCUCAAUACAACGUUCCAUUUUUCUGUUAUUUUUUUAUUCAUACAGACAUUUUUACUUCAUUUUUAAUUAUUUAGAAGUUUUUGGUAUAAAAUGAAGUGAAAAUUGAAUUGAAGUAUUUUUAAAACUUUUUGGAUUUAGAUGUUUUCUUGCUCAGAAGAAACUGGAGUUUUAAAUUCUUCUUGAUUAAUAUUUUUUUGUAAUUAUUCUUUCAAAUAUAUUUUUUCUUCUAUUCCUAACAGAAGUGGAUGGUGAUGGCGAGCGCAUGCCUGCAGCUGUGUGGAUUCCUGCUGGGUUUUGUUGGUUGGAUCUGUGUGAUCAUCUCCACCUCCACCAGUGACUGGGUGAUCCGCUGCAGAUACGGAAUGAACACGUGCAAGAAGAUGGACGAGCUCGAGACCAAAGGCCUGUGGGAGCAAUGCGUGAUUUCUACCGCACUUUACCACUGUUACUCCCUUAACCAGAUCCUCCAGCUGCCUGUGUACAUUCAGACAUGUCGUGCAUUGAUGAUCUCAGCAUGUAUCCUCGGGUUACCUGCUGCAGCUCUCCUGCUCUCCUCCAUGCCGUGUUUCCAUUUCGGAGAUGAUUCGGUGAAAGACAAGAACAAACGCUCAGCCAUCGGAGGAAUCCUGGUGCUUUUAGUGGCCAUAUUUUGUCUGGUGUCCACCGUCUGGUUCCCAGUUGGAGCUCAUCAGGAACACGGGCUGAUGUCGUUUGGGUUUUCUCUGUACUCAGGCUGGGUGGGCGGGGCUUUGUGUCUACUGGGUGGCUGCAUCCUCACCUGUUGCUCCAUUGACUCCGCCUCCUCAUAUCGCCAAAAUAACCGCUACUCCUACUACUCCAAACAGACUCCGCCCAUGGAUCAGACUCCACCCACCGGCAACCAUGCCAAGACUGCACACGUCUGAUAUUUUAUACUGUUGCCUCUCUCUCUCUCUCUCUCUCUCUCUCUCUCUAUUAUACUCUCUCU